CCCAUCAUGCAGUGCGCACAUAGUUUUGUACCCAAAAUCGCAUAGCGACCACCGACGCCAAGCGAUUAAAAAAACACAUUUUGGAAGUCAUAAGUUGUUGUCACAUCUAUGAAUCGUCCCCCCUCUGGUAGCGGGCGAAAGCCAACAACAGGAAUGAGACCACCUUCUGGUAUGAGACAGCCCCCUCCAGGGACAGCUAUGAGGAUGCCUCCUGGUACAGGGGCUCCAGGAACGGCUCGGCCUGGGACGAGGGGUGGAGCUGGCCCUUCAACAGGGGCAGUUCUUAAUGCAAACAUCAAUGUUGCUGACAGGCCAACCACUCAACAAGGCCUCGGAGGACUCAAGACUGGACGAAAAGGUCCUUCAAGGGUUGUAAUGGAUAAGUCUUAUUUCCUCGGCCUUCUGAGAACCAAGAUGAAUGAGCUGACAACUGAAAACAAUAAACUUCAGCGAGAAAUCGACAGGAUAAAUGAGGAGAAUAACAGCUUUCUGUCUUACGAGAAAAAGGCAGAGGGUGUGGCUGCAGAAAUCAAGGAAUUGCAGGGUCAAUUAGGAGACUACAAUACACUUGUAGAUAAAUUGAACACAGAUACUGAAAUGGAUGAAGUGCAAGAGGAUUACAAUCAGCUGAAAGUUGAAAAUGACCUCGAAAGCAAGAAUAUUGACACAAUUUUCACAACACGACAAGAGACUGAAUCUCAGAUAGCCCAAGUAGAUGAGGAAAUACAGCAAUGUAGACGGAUGGCUGAUACUCUGGUAGAUGACAUGAAACCACAAAUGAGAAGCAAGUACCAGAAUCUGAAGGUGAAAAAUGAGGCACUCCUUAGGCAACUUGAAGAGAGACAACAAAAAAUAGAUUCACUUAGCACCAAGAAAGAUUCAUUGGAAGAGGAGCUUCAACAUUCCCAAGUAAAGCAGGAGGCAGUUCGUCUCUAUGAGCAGCUGCAUGAGCUGGAGGAUAAGAAGAACCAGUUGAUUGCUGAGGAACAGUCCAGGGGCACUCCUGCAGAAGAGAGAGAGAAACUCCUCAAACAAGUCAAGGAAGAUAACCAAGAGAUUGGCAGUAUGGAGAGACAAAUAAAAGAGAUCAAGGAAAAGCUUGAGGAUACUAUGGAAGAAAUCAGUCAAGUGGAUGUUGACCUUGAGGAACAUCAAGGAGAGAAAAAUAUGAAGUACAAAGAGCUGAAGAAGAGGGAAGAGAGUAUGAAUGAAUUCCUUGAAACGUUUGAAAGUGCAAAGAAAGAGGAAAUAGAAAGGAGAAGUACCAGUGAAGAAACUGUUGUUACGCUCCUGUCUCACACCAGCAGGAAUCUUGGGCGUCAGAAACACAUGCCAACCCCUCAGGAACUGGCCAGGAUGCAAGAUGACUUGAGCUUUAAACAGACCGAGAUGCACAAAUCAGAAGCUACGGCUUCAGGACUCACAGGAGAAUCUUCUCGGCUCCAGAUGGAUCUUCAGAAGGUGGAGCAGCUGGAGGGUAAGAUCACAGCGGAGCUGGAGUCUCUCAAGGUGCGUAUCAAGGAGAUGGAGGAAGAGCUCCAGACUUACUCUGACCUCGACUCACUGCAGAAGAACGCUGAUCUCAAGAAGAAGAAAUUACAAGAAGACAAGAUUACUCUAGCAAGAAGGAGAGAUGUCUUAAAAAAGAGCGUCCAACUUUUAUCCAGUCAGUACGAGGCCUUGAAGUCACAGCUCAAUGACAAUGAAACCCACUCGCAGCUUGGCAACCUCGAACGCAAAUGGCAGCAUUAUGAGCAAAACAACCACGUCAUGAAAGAAUGUAUCCUUUUUAUACAAUUGGCUGAUUAAGCAUGAUAUAUGAUU